GGGAGGCUGAGGACGCGGCAGAAUUGUCCUUCGGCGGCCGCCAUAGUGCGAUUUAGCGCGUUGCUAUAGAGACGAAUUGGGCUGGCCAGAAUAAGCCGGCGAGGGUGAGGUCGACUGUGACCAAGGAGUGAUCGCGGAGGUGGUAAUAGGUUAAAUCCUGGAGGGGCUGCUCCGAGCGCAGAACGGAAACCGAGAUUUCUCCCGAGACCUGGGCAGCGGACGUCUCCCCCCGAGGAGAAACCAUUAUUAUGGCAAUCAGAUUGCUGGGCCGGCGGGGAUUGCGGUCUGUGCUUCCGAGCAAGUCUCUCUCUUUGAGAACCUUGGCUGGGGAUAAUCGGUGCCACUUCUUCAUGAACGAACCCCCUUGUACUCCUACUGGAGAGAGUUUUCCAGGGACACAGCUUAGAAAAAUGCAGGCCUCAUGUGUCACCAACUGCUGACCCACCGCCUUGAUGACAGCACCCCUGUGCACCUUCCCAGUUCAGUUCCGGCAGCCCUCAAUCAGCGGCCUCUCACAGAUCACCAGAAGCCUGUACAUCAGCAAUGGUGUAGCUGCCAACAACAAGCUCUUGCUGUCCAGCAACCAGAUCACUUCAGUCAUCAAUGUCUCAGUAGAGGUGGUAAAUACCAUCUAUGAGGAUAUCCAGUAUACACAGGUGCCUGUGGCUGACGCACCCAUCUCCAAGCUCUAUGACUUCUUUGACCCCAUUGCCGACCACAUCCACAAUGUGGAAAUGAAGCAGGGCCGUACACUGCUACACUGUGCCGCUGGCGUGAGCCGCUCAGCCACUUUGUGCCUUGCCUACCUCAUGAAGUACCAUGCCAUGUCCCUGCUAGAUGCCCACACAUGGACCAAGUCAUGCCGGCCCAUCAUCCGACCCAAUGCUGGCUUUUGGGAGCAACUCAUCCAUUAUGAGUUCCAGCUGUUUGGCAAGAAUACUAUACACAUGGUCAGCUCCCCAGUGGGAAUGAUCCCUGACAUCUAUGAGAAGGAUGUCCGUUUAAUGAUUCCACUGUAAAUCAUCUCCUAGGCCCCUGCUUUGGGUCCAAGUACAGACCUAUUGUUGAUCCUAUAUCAGGAUCUGAACUUGAAGGAUCUUUGUUGAUACAGGAAUGUACUAGAUGAUACCUUUUAUAAGGGAAAAAAAAAGAAAGUGAUACCACAGCUUUCAACUUUGUAACCUAUAUCUUUAAAGAUUAAACUUGAUUGUUAGAGGUGAAGAUAAAUUUUCUACCCUAUGAGUGGCAGGCCAUGGCUGCUGGCCAGAGGGUGAAAUAAGGCAGGUGGUACACUGGAGAGAGACCAGAGCACCAGCGCCUGGAAUCCUGCUGCCCUUCGCUAGACUGAACAACUCAUAAAUGAGACUGCCACAAUCCUACUUUGUUCCUUCCAACCCAAAACCAGAGCCUUAAGCAUCAUGGCACCCCCUGAACUUUUUACAGUAAGUGCCAACCUACUGGAUAAGUGGCCUUCAAAUAGUGCUCUAGGAACCCUACAGGCCCCAAACAACCUACAUCCAUCAGUGGCCCUACUCUAGUUUUCUAAGAUCAAAUUUACACAGAAGAUAGUUUUCAAAUAAACAUUCCAAUAUUAUAAAAUUUUUAAAAUUUUUUUUUCUUGAGUGCUGUUGUAUGUGACAGCACUUAAGUAUCAGUCUUAAGGGUGCAUAGUCCCUUCUCUAGGACAUGUCAGGUCUCCAGAGUUUUCUAGCUUGAAAGGCUGUAUCUGCAAACCUGAACUUAGCCCUGACACCUACCCUCAAUGUGACCUAGGGCCUCUUAGAGCCUCAGUGUCCUCAUCUGUGAAGAUUCAGCAAUUCUAUAGUGCCAGGCCAGUCAUGGUCCAUGCUUAGCAUAAUGGACAUCUCUCACUAUGGAUGAUAUACUCACUCUUUGGACCUGCUGGUCCCAAGUCAAGGUAUUUCCUCUCAUAUGUGCAUAGUCCUGUAUUGUUUUCAAAGUGCUUUUCUAGAAAGUCACUCCAUAUAGGGGAGAAAAAGGGGUUUAGAUCCUACCUCAGAAGAGGCAUAGUCUUAUAAGCCUUUUCAAAGUUUUCAUCUGUUUAAACUAGGUGUGACCUAGGGGUCCUGAAGCAAGGGGUACAAUUCUGGCUUCCCCAGAAGGCUUUGUUUAGAAUUGCUAUGAAUUGUGAGAAUGACUAGCCAUGCUUGUCUCUUUAGUUAGAUGAACAAAACCUCCAGUGUAUGCUUGUACUAGAUAAAUUAGAACAAAACCAAUUAAUUUAAAUAUCAGCAGAUCUUAAAAACUACAUAAUGCGCCCACAACUGAUUUAUGGCUAGACUGCUUAACCAAAAAGAAACAUUCUGAAACCCAAAUAUCAAAUGAUUGACAUGGGAUUUGAUUUUAAAAAAGCUUGCGUGGGAACCUACAUAUUUCUUCCCAGGAAAAUCCUAUAUAUAAUCAGAGAGCUCAAUCCUGAAUACAUCACUAGUCUUUUUCUUCUCUGAGAGGUGAAGGGUGUCUGCACCUUGCCUUUCAGGGAUGUACACCUUUGUUUCUCCCCCACCCUUUUUUUUAAACUAGGGAUUGAACCCUGGGGUACUUAACCACUGAGCCACAUCCCCAGCCCCCUUUGGUUGGUUUGUUUAUUUUGAGACAGGGUCUUGCUAAGUUGCUUAGUUGCUGAAGCUGGUUUUGAACUUGAGAUCUUCCUGCCUCAGACUUGUGAACUAUAAGGAUUAUAGCACCUUUGUAAUCACUUUUUAAAAUCUUGUGCCUUUCUUUGGAUGCAUCCUGAAAUUCUUUUCAGUGGCCUAAAUCAGGUUCCUUACUGAGGCCAAGUUGAGGUCCUACUGCCCACUUGGAGGUAUUUUGAAAUCUCCGUCCUUGUCCCCAAUGCCAAUCCCAUAAUGAGGACACAGUUUUGAGAAAAGGAAAAAGAAGUUUUAUGGCUUUGCCAGCAAGAGAAACACAGGGGACUCAAGUCCAGAGCUGUGAUUGCUCAUCAUGGGGAAGUAGGUUUUUAAAGGGGUGAUUCAAAGGCUACAUUCCAGUGUUCUCUAUCUAGAGUGGUAAUUCACUUGCUAAUUUGGGAGGUUGUCAUUUCUUAGAUCUUUUGGUGCCAUCCCUAAAUCUGAAUUACUUCAUUCCUGUGGUAUGUGCUAAAGGACAGAUAACUCCUAGGAUGGGGGAAGAAAGGUAAUCCUGUUUCCCCUGAGAUUAUUGAGGAGAAGAUGUAGAGGAAGAGAAAGAAACAUGUCCAUUUUAAAAAUAAGUCACAGUGGCAAAAACGAAAAAAAAAAGCAUGAAGUGAAUCACUGUUACAGAGGGACCUUCUCAGACCCCUGUCCUCUGACAAAGGGAAGCCUCAUUAUUAGAAGUCUCCAGCAAGCUGGGCGUAGUGGCGGACAUCUAUAAUCCCAGUGGCUGGGGGGGCUGAGGCAGGAGGAUUGCAAGUUCAAAGCCAACCUCAGUAAAGCAAGGCAAUAAGCAACUAACUCAGUGAGACUUUGCCUCUAAAUAAAAUACAAAAUAGGGCUGGGGAUGUGGCUCAGUGGUCAAGUACCCUGAGUUCAAUCUCCAGUAUGCUCUCCUUCCCCACCAAAAAAGAAGAAAGAAAGAAGGCUCCAGUAUAUAAUAGACAUAGGGAACAGGGGUGGGGCAAUGGAAUGGGCUUAGCAAUACCAGAGCAUUCAGGGCUUCAAGUACCAAGCUGGGGAUUCUAUAACUUGUCCUGUCUGUAGGACAGAAGGCAGUUUUCACAGAGCAAACAUUUGCUAAGUGCUUGCUGUGGAUCAGAUUGUGCAGUACUUUGUCAGGGGGCAUACAGUAGUGUGGUUGACAAGAUCCUACCCGAAGCAGAAAGCUUCCAGACUAAUUCCCUGUGGCCCCUGAAAGGAAAGUGAGGAACGAGAGACUGGUAAGCAAGAAAUGAGAGACGGAGACUAGGCAGAGAGAGUUUACUUGUCAGAGCUGACAAAUAAAGGCCAUCUCUCUAUAGGAAAGAGAGGCAAAACAGGCUUGGGUUCUGAGAUUUUUAUAGGGCAGGUUCAGGUAUCAGCCAGGCUGGUCCUAAUGCAAUGGUUAAGAGUUGGGUUGGUAAGAGGGAGUGGUGAGGCUUUCUCAGAAAGAACCCUUGGCAGGAAAGUGAAACUCUUUACCUAAAAUAGGGCUGUCACUUAAUAUGGCCAUCCAGAUACUAAGCAAGGACCUUAUAGCCCCAAGUUAUGUCCUCACAUCCUCAGUCACUCACAAACUUGCCAACCUCAGAUGGCUGCAGUGAUCCCAUCCUCCUGGUGUUCAUGCCUUUGUGUGAGUCAACUGUGGGCAGCCUGUAUUAAACAGGUUUGACCUGUGCAAUAAGAUAUUAGGGAAUCUAAUGAGGACAAAGUGUGACCAUUGUGAUUGGAUUAAAAAGGACACUGUAGCUCCUUGCUCUCUUGAAUCACUCUGGUGGAAGAUAGCUACCAUACCAAGAGCCAUAGAGAGAGGCCCACAAGGCAAGGAACUGAGGCCCCCAGUUAACAGCCAUGUGAAUGACCCAUCUUGAAAGCAGAACCUCAGCCUUUGUCAAACCUUUGGAAGACUGCAACUUUGGCCAACAUUUUGACUGUAACUUCACGAAAUACUCUGAGCCAAAAUCCACCUCACUAAGCCACUCCCAAAUUCCUGACCUGCUGAAACUGGGAGAUAAUACAUAUUUUGUUGCCUUAAGCCAUUAUUCUUGGGAAUAAUUUUGAUUUUAAAAUCUUAAUUGGUUGUUUGAUUCUAGAAAAGUCUACCCUUCGUUCAAUGUUCAGGAGGCUGAAGCAGGAUACAAGUUCGAGCUCAGCCAGGGCAACUUGGUGAGACUCUGUUUCAAAAAAUGAAAAAAAAAAAGGGAGUUGGGUAUGUAGCUCAGUGGUAGGAUAUCCUCAGUAUUCAGCAAAACAAACAAUCAAAAAGUAAAAUAAGUAUUCUUAUGGAUGGAGCAGAAAGUCUUAUGAACAGAGAAAGACUAAAUAAAACAGAAACAAAGAACAAAAAGCUGAUUGGUAGCUGGGCACGGUGGUGCACACCUGUAAUCCCAGCAGCUCGGGAGACUGAGGCAGGAGGAUGGCGAGUUCAAAGCCAGCCUCGACAAUUUACUGAGACUCUAAGCAACUCAGUGAGACCCUGCCUCCAAAUAAAAUACAAAAAAAAGGGCUGGGAUGAGGCUCAGUGUUUGAGUGCCCCUUAGUUCAAUCCAUGGUACCAAAAAAGAAAAUAGCUGAUUAAUCAUGUCAAAGUCACUUUCUUUGUAAGAUGCUGGCAGGGAGAACAGAACACUAGAAGAAUAACUGGUUAAUAUCAGAUUACUUUAGGUUACUUUCUGUAGAAUUAAAAGAUUAAAGCUCAGAAACUUCAUUGUCAUGCCAGUUGAAACCAGCCUGUUGGGGAAUUUUGGUUGUUUUUCCUUAUCUCCUGAUUUCUGAUUAAGGUCAGAUAACAACCAGUUUCAGUUUAGUGAUGCAGAACGUGAGCAUAGGUGACUCCAUUUUAAUGUUUAGACUGGUGUAUUAGGCCCUACUGCAGAAUCUUAGUCCAAAAUAAUGGCCUCCUUUAAUGUUUUAAAAAAUUAUUAUCCUAAAUCAAUACAACUGUCCCCAGUGCUGUCUCUGUUAUCAUCUGCUCACCCGGACCACCACAACAGGUCUUCCCUAGUCUCCCUGACCCUUGGCUCAAGCUCCUAAUUUUUCCUCCACAUAGGGUCCAGAAGAAAUUGAAGAUUCUUUUUUUUUUUUUUUUCAAGAAAUAUAUACUGAGGACCAUGGCUCUUUUCUAUUUAAAACCUUCCAUGGCUCCCUGUGAAGUGGCCCUCAGUUAACUAUUUUGUAUUAUUUCCAGAAAGCAUUUGCAACUGAGCAGAAACAGUGAGAUGGUAGAAUUUCUGGCAUCCCUCGGAUUAUUUGGGGGGCAAAUAAGGGAGUAAGAAGAGUCCUCAUUUGCCCUAGCCUCCUAGAAUGACAAUCCAAGGGCCACCAGGGGAGGGCAGGAAGGGCACCCUGGCAGCUGGGACUGAGACAAGGCUUUGUUCCCAAGUUCACGAUGGCAGGAUGCCCAGAAAGGCCUCAGCUUCCCUGGCUUCCUCCAAGGCGGGGCCAGGGGGGGAGGCUGGGACAUCCACACCACUCUGCCCAGGCAGGAGCAUGCUCUUGGGGCUCUCAAUAUGCAAUGGAAGGCAAAGAGGUAGGAGAGAUGGCCCAAGGAGCUUUUUGGAGGAACUGGUAAGCAUCUGCCUUGAGUGAGUUUAAUUGAGGACCUGUUAUGUUUUUAGGCAUUAUUGCUAAGCCCUUUCUGAAGCUGAUUGGGGUUAGGUUUUACUGCUAUUGCCGCUUCACACAGAGACACAAGAAGGGAAGGUGCUUGCCUGUCACAUAGUUCCACAUUCCCAGCUCCAGGAUUUGAACCCAAGUCUGACUACAGAACUCCUUUACUAGUACAGUAGCCCCCAUCUCUUAUCUACAAUUUCACUUUCUAUUAUUUCUGUUAUUCACUGUAAAGAGAGCAGUCUGAAAAUAUUAAAUGGAAAAUUCCAGAAAUAAACAGUUUGUAAGUUUUAAA